AUGGCCAUUCACCUUAAUUCAGCUAAGCCCUUGGCUGUCUGUGCUUUCCGGCCUCCUAUCUCCAAGGAUUCUGUGACUCCACAUACAGAAACUAAGGAAAUAGAGACCAAGGAAGCAGAGACUAAGGAAACAGAGACUAAGAAAGCGAAGAAUAAGGAAACAGAGAAUAAGGAAACACAGACUGAGGAGACAAAGCCAACACAGACUGUGGAAACGAAGCUGCGGGUGAGCAGCAAUACAGACAGUUCCUGUCCUCCACAAGGACAAAUCAAUAAAGUAAUUACAGAUGGAGUUAUGUUCAUGGUAUUAUGGCUUCUACUCUGGGCCCUUACAGGCCAAGAAGUUCUCCCUGGUGGAAAUUUGUUUGGACUUGUAGUUAUUUUUUGCAGUGCCUUUCUCGGGGGGAAAAUUUUAGAAGGCAUUAGAAUACCUGUAGUGCCUCCCCUUCCGCCUCUUCUUGGGAUGUUACUGGCUGGUUUCAUCAUCAGGAAUGUUCCGAUUUUUUAUAAAUUUGUUCAUAUUCCUACCUCAUGGUCUUCAGCUUUAAGAAACACUGCCCUUACUAUUAUCCUAAUACGAGCUGGGCUUGGACUGGACCCAAAGGCUCUGAAGCAUCUGAAGGGCGUGUGCUUGAGAUUGUCCUUCGGCCCAUGCCUCUUUGAGGCCUGCUCAGCUGCUUUUUUCUCCCACUUCAUUAUGAACUUUCCUUGGCAGUGGGGCUUCCUGUUAGGUUUUGUCCUAGGCGCCGUCUCUCCUGCAGUUGUCGUCCCCUCCAUGCUGCUGCUGCAAGAAAACGGAUAUGGCGUUGAAAAAGGCAUUCCAACCCUGCUAGUGGCUGCCAGCAGUUUGGACGAUAUUGUGGCCAUCACUGGAUUCAACACAUUUCUGAGCAUAGUCUUUUCAUCUGGUAGUAUACUUAGCAAUGUCCUUUCAUCCUUGCGGGACGUUCUUAUUGGUGUGCUGGUAGGAAUUGUAAUGGGACUUUUUGUUCAGUAUUUUCCAAGUGGAGACCAGGAGAGACUUACACAGAGGCGAGCCUUCCUUGUUCUGAGUAUAUGUAUUUCUGCUGUCUUAGGCUGUCAGCACAUUGGCUUACAUGGAUCUGGAGGACUGGUCACACUAGUGAUGUCAUUCAUGGCAGCAAAAAAAUGGACUAAAGAGAAGGUUGGAAUCCAAAAAAUUAUUGCAAGCACAUGGAAUAUUUUUCAGCCACUUCUUUUUGGCUUAGUUGGAACAGAAGUAGCUGUUGACUCUCUUGAGUCAAAAACUAUUGGCAUGUGUAUUGCUACCCUGGGUUUGGCAUUAUGUGUUCGAAUUUUAGCUACCUUUUCACUGAUGUCUUUCGCUGGAUUUCGUUUUAAGGAGAAAGUAUUUAUUGCUUUAUCGUGGAUGCCCAAAGCUACAGUCCAGGCUGUCUUAGGUCCUCUGGCUCUAGAAACAGCAAGGGUCAUGGCACCCCACUUGGAAGGAUAUUCAAAGGAUGUGAUGACAGUAGCCUUUCUAGCCAUCCUCAUCACAGCUCCAAAUGGAGCUCUCUUCAUCGGCAUAAUGGGGCCCAAAAUACUUGAACGUAGUGAGGUGAUAACCCCUUUAAAAGUGGAGCUGUCAGAUUAUCAUCAACAUUAAGAAGUUUGCCAUCUAAUGAAUUAGACACUUUGUCUAAUGUCCCACCUGACAGAAAAGAAGGUUCCAGUGCACAAGUUUGGAGACUGUUCAUAGAACUCAAGACUCAGCAAACACAAAGUGUCUCUACAGGGUUUCCUCUGAUUUUCAGCCCAAAAUAAAUUUAAUAAAAAUAGUAUUA